AAUUGCUCCUGCUGCGAGUGCCGGACUGGAGCGAGCCGCAAGGUUCGUUCUCUGGGGAAAGGCUCAGGCUAUUAGGUUCCUGCAAGCUACUGGGGAGUUGAUCAAGAUUUUAAGCUAAAGAUGGCGAUGAUGAGUCACCUGAGGGCCAUUCUUCGAGCCUCUCCAUGCAAGACACUGUGGAGAAGGUUCCAGACUCCGAGAUCCACGCCUGCAAGGCCUUGCAGCCUCUACACCUGCACUUACAAAUCCCGGAACCGAGUCUUGCACCCCCUCUGGGAGAAAGUGGACCUGGUCCCGGCAGGUGAGCGCCAGUCGCCCAUCAACAUCCGGUGGAGGGACAGUGUCUACGAUCCUGGCUUACAGCCGCUCACCAUCUCUUAUGACCCGACCACCUGCCUCCACGUCUGGAAUAACGGGUACUCUUUCCUCGUGGAAUUUGAAGAUUCUGCAGAUAAAUCAGUGAUCGAGGGAGGACCCCUGGAACACAACUACCGAUUAAAGCAGUUCCAUUUUCACUGGGGGGCCAUUGAUGCCUGGGGCUCUGAGCAUACCGUGGACAGCAAAUGUUACCCGGCAGAGCUGCACUUGGUGCAUUGGAAUGCGGUCAAGUUUGAAAACUUUGAGGAUGCAGCACUAGAAGAAAAUGGUUUGGCUGUGAUAGGAGUAUUUUUAAAGCUAGGCAAGCAUCACAAAGAGCUACAGAAACUGGUGAAUAUUUUGCCAUCAAUUAAGCACAAGGACACACUUGCAGAAUUUGGGUCAUUCGACCCUUCCUGUCUGAUGCCUACUUGCCCAGAUUACUGGACCUACUCGGGGUCCCUGACUACACCGCCACUGUCUGAGUCUGUCACUUGGAUCAUUAAGAAGCAGCCUGUAGAGGUUGAUCAUGAUCAGCUUGAGCAAUUUCGAACCCUGCUCUUCACUUCUGAAGGGGAGAAAGAGAAAAGAAUGGUGGACAACUUCCGCCCCCUUCAGCCCCUAAUGAACCGCACUGUCCGCUCAUCCUUCCGUCAUGACUAUGUGCUGAACAUACAAGCAAAACCCAAGCCUUCCACCAGCCAAGCGACUCCCUAAGAUGCCAUUAUCUAGGUAGUUAUCUUGCUUAAAUAUAUACUACUUCUUUAAAUAUUGUUAACUAGACUCUUCUAAAUGCCUGCAUUUAAUAAUUAUAAACGAGCCUUUAUUUGUAUGGCAGUGUUCCUUAGUCUUUGAGGGAAGCUCUUUAGUAAACAAAUUUUUACUUUUAUUGCUACUGAUGUUUAUCACUGAAGUACCAGUAAGAGAUACAAGUUUCUCUUAUAGCAACCUGUUGGUAACUGUAAUAUCUUUUUACAUGCAACAUUUUUUAGCUAUUUUUUUAUGUUUAUCAAUUGGUGAUUCUAUAGAGUUAUAUGUAGGAAUGAGAAUCAAAAGAUUUAACAACUGGUAAGGCACAGACACUGACCAUCCAGAAUGCAGGGUUUUCAGAAACAGCCACAGGACCCAGACUGGCACUUCUUGGUUGAACAUUGGCUAUGUUUUAGGUAUAUCUGAUUUUAAAACACGAAUGUGUAUUCUUUUAUAAGGCCUUCUCAGUGGGUAUAUGCCUCAACUCUUAGUUGUCAUUACUAACACAUGAUAUGAUUACUUACUAUCAAUUAAUAAUAUAGAAAAAAUAUCUUGUAAUCCUAAAAACACAAGUGUAUACUUAUAUCUGGGAAUUCUUUUGCAUUUCUGAAAGCCAGAUGUUCUACUUAAAGGCUUGAUCAUAUAGAAAGCAUACGCAUUUUGAGGAAAAUAUAACCACAAAUAUGUUUAUCUCAAAAAAAAAAAAAGAAAGCAUAUGCAGAACAUUUUAAAGAAAAUGCUUUGAGUGCCUAGAACUUAAAAUUCUUCAUGAUCUAUUUUACAGAAAUAUUUUUCAAAAGACUAGUAAUACAGUAGUCUAUAGUUUACAGUAUUAUUUUGCAUUGUAUGUCACACUGAUUCAUAGAAUACAAUAUUUCCCACAAUUAAAAAACUAUCUUGACUUCCCUUUAAAACUAUCUGAACUGUAUUUUAUUUCAUUAGUUGAGGUUCUGUGCAAGGUAGGAGAUAACAUAAAUGUCCUAAUUUAUACAGUGGUUUAGAAGACUUUUGCUAUAAUAAUAAGGAAAGAAACUCAUCAGAUAGGUAAAACCUAGAUAAUUCUACAUACUGUGAGGAAUCCAAUCCAGAGUCGCCCUUGCUUGUAAAUAUGUGGAAUGUUUCUAACUGCCUAUAAGCCUGUAUUCAAACUCAAUACUGCAUUUACUAGUAUAUUUGUUUCACUAGUAUGCUAGUCAUCUGAUCUGUAGGAUAAGGUUGGAUGAAUAUACUUAACACUACUGAACUAUACAAUGAAAAAGGUUAAGAUGGUAAAUUUCAUUUUAAUGUGUAUUUUACCAUAAGUAAAAGUAACUAAUAAAUUCAGUAGGGGAAAAAAAUAGGGUUGGAGUUGUAUGUUUAAGUUUAGGGGCAUAUCUCUGCUCUUAAAAAAGGAAGAGGGUGAAGGCAUUGCUUCUACAGUGCAUGCUUUCUCUGGAAAAUGGAAGCAUACAUGCUCUAGGAAAUGAGUAAAAUUCUUUACAAGAUUAAUAUGGGGGAAAAGCUAUAUUAACUUUAUUCUUAUCUGUUUUAAACCACGCCUGUGUGCAUGCUCAGUCACUUUAGUUGUGUCCAACUCUUUGCGACCCUAUGGACUGUAGCCCGCCAGGCUCCUCUGUUCAUGGAAUUCUCCAGGUAAGAAUACUGAAGUGGGUUGCCAUGCCCUCCUCCAGGGGAUCUUCCCGACCCAGGGAUCGAACCCACGUCUCCUGUGUCUCCUGCAUUGCAAGUGGAUUCUUUACCCACUGAAUCACCUCGGAAGCCAUUGCAAACCAUAGUUAUCUUUAACAGGUAUACACAUGAGAUAUGCAUCUUCCAGGGCACAGGCUUCCCUUCUAGCAAAUUCUUAGUGUAAAAUUCUAUUGCAGUGAGUCUUCUAAAUUGGAGUGAGAACCAAUGCACAGAAUGCCCGACCUGCCCUUCCAUCUUAGAGAUACAGAAGAUAUUCAUAAGGUGUGUCCAGGUUAGCCACCCUUGAUUAACUUACAUCUAGUGUUCUGGUGUAGUUUUUAACAGUACCCUCUUUCACUCUCAACCAUGUCCUGCUUUGUAUUAAAAUUGCUGCUCAUUUUGAUUACAUACUAUAAUAAAACCCUUUCUUUACAA